UUUAUGAAUUUCUAAUUUUAUUUACGAAAAAUUUGUCAAAAUGAAAUAAAAUACAAUGAAUUUAAAAUAUUCUAUACUUUACUAACGUGAAAAUGUUCGUUGCCGCCAAUCCUUUUACCUAACCAGUCAUCUAUAUUUAUCCUAAUACGAGUUCUGGGUUGGAUUAUUUUUUUAGAAUGGCGUCUGGUAAAUCUAGUACAAUGUUUGAGACAUAUGAUAUAUACGUCAUACAUUGCACAAUAUACAAGAGUGCGUUUUAGCAAUAACCGCUCUUAUGCAAAUAUAAAAUUGUCCACCACUUGCCGGCAGGCGCGCGCCCCGUUUAUUUAUUGUUACCACCGCGAAGUAUAAUCUCCGUUUAUUCCGGCACGACAAGCCAAUAGAUUUGCCAGGCAGAUUAGGACCCGUCGCAAAACCUGGGCUGACAGGAUGCAUCUUGACCGCGCGUUUUACAAGUUGUUUUACAACCCGGAUCUCGCCACAGCAAGAACUACUGCUUUCUUUUGUUCUAAGAACGGAUAUUUGAUUUCUUUGAUUUGUUUCUUAAUGUAGUGCUAUCGUGCUUUUUGGAACAUUAUCAAAAAUAAACCUUUUGUUUUAUUUUGGGGGGAUAAAAUAGAUGUUAUAUAUAUAAUAUACAUAAUUUAAAAUACGUACAGCGUGUCCCACUUUAUAAUAUACUAUGUAUGUACCUUUAAGACUUAUAUUAGACAAAUUAAUAUCUAAAAAAUUUAAUUUUGAAUAUUUCAUAUUUCUAAUUUCUCGAUAUUAAGUAUUAAACUAAAAUUCAAAAUGAAUUUUUCGGAUUUCUUAUAUUUAUGAUUUUAGUUUCUUGAUUCGGAUAAAAUAUUUCACGCUGCAUAUCGUUAACGUGUCGGAUUGCCAUUACAGCAAUUAAGGGAUUAUAUAUGUUAUAUAAACUCACGUAUUGACUUUGGUAUUCGUAAUAAUCGAAUGCGGCGCCACUAACCAGUGCUACUGGUAAUACUGGAUAUUCUAGAAUAUUAUAUUCUCUCUACACGCAUGUAGUUAGAUAUAUCGGGAUUUUUCAGAAUCCGUAUAUCAUUAAAUAUUCAUUAAAGCGGAUUAUUAGCUGAUAGGACCGCUUUUACUUGGGAUUAUUUUUAUAAAAAUCACAAAAAUAGUCGACCGUGAUAUUAUACAUACGUCAUUUUAAGUAUCUUAUUUUGAUAUUUUGUGAUUUAAUAUUAAAACGAACAAAUUUGAAGUAAAGAAAUAUAUGAAAUUUUCAUUAUUAUAUUACUUUAUUUAUUAGAAAUUUGUAGUUAAAUUUAAGUUAAUUAUAAAGUUAUAUGAAAAAAUUAAUUGUCAAUACAAAACGAAUAGAAUAUAUAUCACAGUUAUGGAAGAAGUAGUUUGAGGAAAAAACAAUUGACAUAUAAUUAUUAACAUGAUUGAUUUAUGAAUCUCGCGUGAACAUAUGAGGUUUCGCAAUACCUUCGUUGUUCCGACGUUGACAUAAACGUGAUGAACUGUCACGGCAAUUUGUAUACAACUUUGAGAACAUUUAUACCAGACGCCAUUUCUACAGCGAGAGUCCUACAUAGGGCUUGGGGAAUUACGACUCAGCGAACAACCGCCUCAAUUAUCAAGCUCACUCGUAGCAACAUUGUUUACAACAGUUCAGUGCCAUAAGUAUUUAUCUACGGGUCUAUCCGGUGACGGCUUUACAACCCAUCCACGCACACGACGAGCGCCUUGCGAAUGAAGUUUACGCACGACGUGAGCGUGCACAAAGCGCUCGUUCUCCUCAGAGAAUAAUUCUUUAUUAAACUUCGGAGCAAAGCUCCUUCCGCGAAAGAAAACCAAUAAUAUCCUACAAAUUCUGAUGCUCGCAAGAAAAUAUUUAAUCAUAUAUUCUCAGAUUAAAUAUUUAACCAUGAAUGAAUAUUUGAUGAAAAGCAUAUUCUGUAAUAAUAUGCUAAUAAUAAAAUUUUAAACAUUCAUUAUUGCGUAACAAUAAUGAUAUAUGCUAAUGUUUUUUGGUUAAAUACUAUUUAAAAUGUUAUUUUACAACACAUAGUUACAAUACGUUCUAUCUUACUUAAGAUGUUACAAUUUUAAAAUAUUAUUCAUCCAUGGUUAAGUUCAUUUAUAAGUUAAGAGAAUAAUAUAAGAUACGAUCCUUAUUCGAGUUCACUGAAAGAGAUAAGAUAAAUCCGUUUUAAAAGUUUUUGUUUCGCGAUCCUUCUUCAAAUCAUCUAUAAAUGAUCCAUCCACUGAAAGGAUAGAUUCUCAGGACCUCACCUCGACCCUUUGCCCGAGAAUAUGGCUAGCUGUCGUCGGUAAGAAAAGGAGUAUAACACGGGGAAGCUGCAUUUUAAAGUCCUCCUCUUCCACCUCCUGUUGCCUAGUUAGCAUCCUUGCCAAUGGCGGAUUCUUUUGUUUCCUGCCGUGGAACUUCAGUUGAGAUUCUAUCUGAUGUAAAUAAUUAUCCUGGAACCUGACAGAUGCUGCGGGAGUUCUCUCUUCUCUCUGUUCUCCUCUUCUUCCUGUUCUCUCAUCAAGCGGAGGAGGGAGAAAGGCCGCUGCGCAAGAGCCCCGGAGAGAAAUUUUCGUUUUACCCGAGAAUCCUGUUUAUCCCUGGCACCGCGUACCGGCUCUGCACGCACAGAAAUACUCAGGAUUCUUCGAGACAGAAAAAAAUAAUAAUAAAUGGAAAUAUCGACUUGUUAUCCAUACUCGGCAACGAGAAUUCCGCGUUUUCCCGACGGUUAAUUUUCGUUUUAAUUAAAACAACGAUGAUUUUUAUAUUUUCCCACCGUGAGCAUUAGCAAGGAUUAAAAUUGCGGACCAACUGCGACUAAAUAAUGAUUUUCAACUGAACGAGCGCGAGAACGAAAUAUUAUUAACGACAAACAUGCUUUGAAAGAGGAUCGCGCGUACUCGCUACUUACGAUUGAUCUUUUAUGCAUUUAUUUAAUACUAAAUAUUCUCUACAGUGAACUCGAUAUGGUGAUUAUUAUUACUAAUUAUUAUUAACAAGGGAAUGGUCGGAAGUAUUUCUCAACGAUUUUAAUGAGCUUUGUAUAUGUUGUAAAACAAAAAAUAUUAGACUUAUAUUUUUUUUAUCGGCGUAUAUUAACGUUUAGGGAUUAUUUCUUUAGUUACGCCACAUUCAAUAACUGUCUCUUGUUGCAUAUUUUUUUAUAUUUUUAAUAUUUUUCAUGCUCUAAAAUAUAUUCAAAUUAAAUAAUUAAAAUCGGUAAAAGACACUUUCGACAGUUCCCUUGUAAGUGGAAGCGAUAUGUUUUUGAACGUAUUAUAUUUUCAAUUGUUUUCAGAUAUUUUUGCAAAAAGACAAGGAUCUCUGCCACGCAUGUGUGACGAAUCGAUCUAUAUUUAUUUUAUGGAUUGGAUGUAUAUAUCUUAAAAUUUAUUUUUAAUUUAUUAACUGCUUGUUUUAUUAUUCCAAAUUUUUUUAAUUGACUCUUCGAGUACAUAUCUUUGUAGCGAAUCUUAAAGUGUACAUGGAGUCAAAUUGAUCUUAAAUGAUUUUUUAAUUGUAAUAUCUCAAAAACUACGAACUUAUGGAAAAAAAUAUUUUUUAGUAAACAUUUAACUUUAGAACCGCACAAUUAAAUUUAUUGAAAAAGUAGUAAAAUGUUUGUUAAAAUUUUAGAAAAUUUUUUUUACAAUUUUACAAGGAUCCGUACUAAACUAAGCGACAGAAACAAGACGUUUAGUGUUUUCCAAAAAUUUCUAAAAAAUUUUUUUUCAAAUAUUUUUAGUUUGCCAUGAAUAAACUAAAAAUAUUGGAACUGCACUGCCCGUGCUGCUUUCCUUUAAAGGAAAAAAAGAGAUGAUCUUUCUUGUCCGGAUUUAUCUUUUCUUAAAAAAUCUAGGAAGAAUUUCAUUUUUAGGGGAAGAAUUUCUAUUGUAGGUAAAAUUUAAAGUCAAACUUCCAAUGCACUCGAAGGGUUUAUUAAAAUCUUAGAAAAUAAAUUUAAUUUUUUAUUUAUUUUAAUGUUAUUUAUUAAUGAUUUUGUAUUUUAAAAUUAUUAUACUAUUAAUAUAAGGUCUCUUGUCCUGACCUGUAUACGAAUGAUGACAAAAAAGAUAUUGCGAUUUAUACAUCCUUUAGAAUCAGAUUUGCAUGUAAUAUAGACAACUGUGCAAGUCUGAGAUAAACAAUGUUUUGCACGAUUAUAUCUUGUGAAAAUAGUCAAGUCGUUUCGAAACAUCUCCGCAUCUCACCGUUGCAACGUUGUAUCGAUCAGAUCGCGAAGUCGCGAAGUGUCCGGAUUAUCGUUCGCGUAAUUUUCUGUCGUAUUUCUUGUUUGUUGCGUUGCGAGAUCUGAUGUAAAGAUAUGGCGAACGUUACAGCCGAUAUCUCGCUAUCGCCCUUGACGACCAUAAUGUCACCCCGAAGGAACAAUUUGGAACACUUUACUCGCGACACACGUUCGUCGCCUGUAGGUCCUGCGCACGUCAUGCGUGGCAGGGAUGCAAUUUAUUCUCAGGGUUUGUGCCAGAGACUAUUAGACAGGAAACACGUUCGACCUGAUUGGUGCUCAAUGACUGAACAUCAGAGAUGAAUAGUAACCAACCGACACUCAUGACAGCUUUAAUGCCGAACAUGUGACAUGCACGGUGAAGAAGGGAGAGCGAUGGCAGCGGCGGAAACAGUUCUCCGAAGUUCCUUUGAUCUUCUCCUUGUUCGUGACAAUCGACGAGUGCACGAAGCAGAAGAGGGAAUCUUCACUCAGAUCACCUUGGCAAGGCCUGCGGGUUCGUGAAGGGCAUGAAAGCUCAUCAUGUUCAACUACCGAUACGGGCCACAAGCGCUGUUUACCUGCAACUUCCUCGGCGUCACAUUCCUCCUACUGAUCGUCGCCGGUAGCUAUGAUGCAUUAAUUCAACCGAGUUCUACAGAUGUCAAUUCUACAGAGUUUGUCAAAGGGAAAAUUUGCAUUGGUACAAAUGGCCGUCUCUCCGUGCCAUCCAACAAACAACAUCACUACCGGAAUCUUCGAGACCGGUACACCAACUGUACUUACGUCGAUGGCAACCUGGAGAUUACAUGGCUCCAGAACAAAACCUUCGAUCUCAGUUUCCUCCAGUACAUACGGGAGGUCACCGGUUACGUGCUCAUCAGUCACGUGGACGUGCGCAGGAUCGUCCUCCCGAGCCUACAGAUCAUCCGUGGUAGAACUCUUUUUAAGCUCAAUAUUCACGACCAUGAGUUUGCCCUCUUCGUUACAAUGUGUCAAAUGCACAACUUGGAGAUGCCGUCCCUUAGAGAUAUACUCAACGGAAGUGUGGGCAUGUACAACAACUACAAUCUCUGCCACAUCAAGACUAUCAAUUGGGAAGAAAUAAUCACAGGACAAGGGGGGAAAUACUUUUAUGUGUACAAUUUUACAUCACCAGAACGCGUAUGUCCAGCGUGCGACGAGAGUUGCGAACAGGGCUGCUGGGGCGAAGGUCCGGAGAACUGCCAGAAGUUCUCAAAGACAAACUGUUCACCUCAGUGUUGGCAGGGCAGGUGCUUUGGCCCUAAUCCGCGGGAAUGUUGCCAUCUUUUUUGCGCGGGUGGUUGUACCGGUCCCAAACAAAGUGACUGUCUUGCUUGUAAGAAUUUCUUUGACGAUGGCGUAUGCACGCAGGAAUGUCCGCCUAUGCAAAAAUACAAUCCAACAACAUAUUCAUGGGAAGCCAAUCCUGAUGGAAAGUACGCGUACGGGGCGACCUGCGUGAGACGUUGUCCAGAACAUCUCUUAAAGGACAACGGUGCGUGCGUGAGAUCUUGUCCACCAAAGAAGAAAGCGGUAAACGGUGAAUGUGUUCCUUGCGACGGUCCUUGCCCGAAAACCUGCAAAGGCGUGGAAAAGGUGCAUUCUGGUAACAUCGACACCUUCAAGGAUUGUACGAUCAUCGAAGGAUCUAUCACAAUUUUGGAUCAGAGUUUCGAGGGUUUUCAGCACGUUUAUCCAAAUUAUACAUUCGGCAAACGAUACGAAAAGAUGCAUCCCGAUAAAUUAGAAGUUUUCAAAACGCUAAAAGAGAUUACGGGCUAUCUUAAUAUUCAAGGAGAUCACCAGGAUUUCAAGAAUCUUUCGUAUUUUCGGAAUCUGGAGGUGAUCGGAGGCAGAACGCUCACAGAAUAUUUCGCAUCAUUGUACAUCGUCAAGACUUCUUUGGUAUCCUUCGGUCUUAGUUCCUUAAAGAAAAUUUAUUCCGGCUCGAUCGCUAUUUUGGAGAACAAAAAUCUGUGUUACGCACAAAGUAUUAAUUGGAAUAAAAUCAAGAAAUCAUCCGAACAUGAAAGCCUUUUGUCAAGUAAUCGAAACGAAAGCGAAUGCAUUAAGGACGGUCUUGUAUGCGACGAACAAUGUUCAACCGAAGGAUGUUGGGGACCGGGGCAACAGCAAUGUUUAUCGUGCAAAAACUUUAUUCUAGGAAAUGAUUGUGUUCAAGAUUGCACUGCACCAGGAAUUUAUCAAGCGGACGAAAAAACCUGUAAGAUGUGUCACGAAGAAUGCGACAGAUUCUGCACCGGCCCUAAUGCCGACCAGUGCAUCAAGUGCAAACACGUGCGAGACGGACCGUUCUGUGUGCCUGAGUGUCCAUCCUCGAAGUACAACGACAACGGUCAAUGUAAACACUGCCACGAGAACUGCGUAGGCGGUUGCGAGGGACCAGAGAACAACAUAGGCGCCAACGGAUGUCAUAGUUGCGAAAAGGCAAUUAUGAACGGCAACAUACCAGAGGGAUGUUUGCAGAAGAGAGAGCCGUGUCCCGAUGGACAUUAUUAUGAAUGGGUGAGUCCAUUAGAGCAAGGUUCUUUAAAACCUCUCGCUGGAAAAGCUGUCUGUCGCAAGUGCCACCCACGUUGCAAGAAGUGCACAGGAUACGGCUUCCAUGAGCAAGUGUGUCAACAAUGCACCAAGUAUAAAAGAGGAGAGCAAUGCGAGGAUGAAUGUCCCACUGAUCAUUUCGCGGAUGCUGACACGCAGUUAUGUAUACCGUGCUUCGGAGAGUGCCGAGGAUGCUUUGGACCAGGCCCUAAUCAGUGCUACAAAUGCCGGAAUUAUAAAAUUUAUAUUGACCGGCUAGGUGAUCCUGGCGACAACUCGACAUCCUUUAACUGCACAGAGACCUGUCCACAGGAAUAUCCUCACAAAAUUUUCCCCCCUGAUAGCGAGCCAUACUGUUCCGUAGAAAUAAUAGGCCUCGGCUAUCAGAUGGAAUAUGAAUUUCAUCCAGCAGUUUUGGGUGGCAUUGGUGUCUUAUUAGUGGUGUUUAUUGUCGUCAUUGGUGUGUUACUGUACUUCUGGCGGGUAAAAACGAAAGCCAAGGAGAAUACAGUAAAGAUGACGAUGGCUUUGACCGGUUUGGACGACAACGAACCGCUUCGACCAACAGGUGUGAAACCAAAUCUUGCCAAAUUGCGAAUCAUCAAGGAAGAAGAGAUGAGGAAAGGCGGUAUAUUGGGUUAUGGUGCUUUUGGCAAUGUAUACAAAGGCGUUUGGGUACCUGAAGGAGAAAAUGUAAAGAUUCCAGUUGCUAUAAAAGUUCUUCAUGAUGGCACGGGUGCAAACACAUCCAAAGAAUUUCUCGAUGAGGCUUAUAUUAUGGCUAGUGUUGAACAUCCAAAUCUUCUACAAUUACUUGCGGUAUGCAUGACGUCGCAGAUGAUGUUGGUAACCCAACUGAUGCCUCUUGGUUGUCUGCUAGACUUUGUACGUAGGUACAAAGAUAAAAUCGGUUCGAAACCAUUGUUAAAUUGGUGCACACAGAUCGCGAGAGGUAUGGCUUAUCUGGAAGAGAGAAGAUUGGUUCACCGAGAUUUGGCAGCGCGAAAUGUUCUCGUCCAAACUCCGAAUUGCGUGAAGAUCACCGAUUUUGGACUUGCUAAAUUAUUAGAUAUUAAUGAGGAACAAUAUAAAGCUGCAGGCGGGAAGAUGCCGAUCAAAUGGUUAGCAUUAGAAUGCAUUCAACAUCGAGUGUUUAAUCAUAAAUCGGAUGUGUGGGCUUUUGGGGUGACUAUUUGGGAAGUUCUCACUUAUGGUGGUAGACCAUACGAAAAUGUCUCUGCUCGAAACGUGCCGGAAUUACUGGAGAAAGGUGAAAGAUUACCGCAGCCCGCGAUUUGUACGAUUGACGUAUAUAUGAUUAUGAUUAAAUGUUGGAUGCUUGACGCCGAAUCUAGACCUAGCUUUAAGGAACUGGCAGAAGAUUUCGCGAAAAUGUCCAGAGAUCCUGGUCGAUAUCUUGCCAUUAAAGGGGAUAAAUACAUGAGACUGCCUUCGUAUACACUACAGGACGAAAAGGAGAUGAUACGAAAUCUCGCAUCAGCGAUGGAUGGUCCUGAAGCUCUGGUGGAUGCUGACGAGUAUCUACAACCUAAGUCACGCGCUCCACUUCCGCCCGCGAUUUCUGCAUCAAGUACUUCUGGCUCGCCGCCGAAUACGCCGGUGAAGUCAUGUUGGCCGAACGGCAAGCCGCUUGCCGCUGAUUCUCCAACGCCGCAGAAUCAGCAAAACUGGGACAGAGAGCUCUUGAGGUAUAGCGGAAAUCAUGGGAGCGCAAAUGCGUCGCAUGAAGCGGGCAAUUCCGGUCAGCACACACAUUACGCCCCAAUACAUCCCAAUGUUCACUGCGGGCAUGUCGUAGGAUCAGAUAACUCAAAUUCGAGAUAUUGCUCGGAUCCAUUGAAGAUGGUUGGUGUUAGAGAUUGCGAUGUGACGGAUGAUUGUUUUGAUACAAAAGUAAAUCAAGUAAUGCACAUUGUUGCGCAUCAGCAAGCUCAAGUUGGAAACUUGAAAUUGGAUUUGCCAUUAGAUGAGGAUGACUAUCUCAUGCCGUCGCCACAACUGCCAGUCAAUACGACACAAUACAUGGAUCUCAUUGGGGAAUCUAAGCCAACAGAACCCGAAUCAAAACGGUUGAACAAUGGCUUCCGAAAAUAUCCAGAUUUCCUAACAAUUCAAGGAAAAACGUCACUGGACAAUCCGGAAUACAUAAUGUCUCAGGAUGAGGGACCACUCACGCCACAGACAUUAGGUAUUCCUACGCCGGACUUGGAAAAAGUUCUGCCAAAUGGUGCCUUUGGGUCUCAAAUUAGGCAACGAAGUUCCGAAGAAGAAUCAGAUCACGAAUAUUAUAAUGAUUUUGAUCGGUUGGAACGGGAAUUGCAGCCACUAAAACCUUUUAGGAAAAAUGAAACAACGGUGUGA